AACAUACCUUGAAGAACUGGGAGCUUUCCAGAAGAAGAUUAAACCAUCCACCACAUCCCAGAGCCAGGUUACAGAUUUCUUGUAAGGGAUCAGAUGGGGCAUGCAAUGUACUUACAUUUUUUGUCAACAAGUUUUCUAAAUUGCUGGCAUUGGAAAAUUAUUUCGCAUUCAGUAGUAUUUAUAAAUUUCAUAGUAUUUUUUUCAUAUAUCUUAAUUAUAAGUUUUCAAUUCAUUCCUACAGCCGCGAUCAUGAACAGCAUCUCGUGUGUGCAGUAUAAAAACUACCAGCCCAUCAUCGGGGAAUUUGGAAUCUACCAAAUACUACUUGCUGCUGCCAUGAUACCCCCAGCCAUCCUAUUUUCCUUCUCCAUCAUGGGUGAUACGUUCUUGCUCAUCCUGCCUGUAGAUUAUUGGUGUUACAUUCCCGAACUGGCGACACGGAGCAAAGAGGAACAACUGGCUCUGGCUAUUCCCAAGCUUAAAAAUGGAAUGUUCGACAAAUGUCGAAUGUACCAGGUGGAAACUAACUGGGCUGACAUAAACGUCUCAAAGGCGGAUGAAUCCUGGCCAAAGAUUCCCUGCAAUAACGGGUGGAAGUAUGAUUUGGAUCAGCUACCUUUUGUCACCAUUCCCAUGAACUAUAACUGGGUUUGUGAUCAAGAAAUCUUCCGCGUAUACCUUGUGAUUGCUUGGUUCGUGGGCUCCAUCGUAGGGUGCCUUUUCUGUGGCUACUUAUGUGACCAUUGGGGCCGGGAUCUAACCUUCUUUCUGUCGAAUUGGUGUGUUUUCGUGGGAGGCUUCUGGACUUCCAUGUGCAACAAUUUUUACUGUUUUUUUUUUGCCAGAUUUAUGGCCGGAUUCGGUGUCCACUUUGCUUUUUUAUCCAUCUUCAUUUUAGCUCUAGAGAAUGUUGGAAUGAAGCAUCGCACUAAGGUGGGAAACUUGGCACUAGCUUUAGCACUUCCUGUGGGUGGAGGUAUUAUUCCUUGGAUUGUCUUAUGGUGCGAUCAUUGGAAAUUUUUUAACCAGGUAAUCACCCUGACCUUUACGAUUCCAAUGUUGUUAAGCAGUUUUAUCCUUGAGUCCGCCACAUGGCUUCUUGCGAAGGGAAAGAUUGAUAAAGGCAUGAAAGUCCUUAAACAAGUUGCAAAAAUUAAUAAGAAGUCCAUUUCCGACGACGUUUGGUCGAAUAUAAACAAUUGUUAUACAAAUAUUUCUGUUGAACAGCCAUCGAAAAAGAACUAUAGGUUUUAUAGGUGGCUGCACUGUGCCGAAAGUUCUCGCCGGAUUGGAGUCAUAAUCAUUAUCAUGUCGUAUCAGUUUAUUCUUUCUAUGACCCAAGAAGGUCUUCGUCAAAUUGCUUUCUUAUUAAGGGUCAAUCAUUUUAUAAUCUUUUCGAUUUCCGAGCUGAUUGAAGUGCCAGCGGGAGUAGUUCCUUUGUUGCUGCUGGAUCGAGUUGGUCGAAAGCCAUUGUCAAUUUGGCUAGUGUUUAUAUGCUCAUUUUUUUGUUUAUGCGGCAUUCCAGCCCCAGAAGUAGCUUACGAAAUUAUUGCUCUUUGCGGAAUGUUCUUCAUAGCUGCGGCCAAUAAAGUGGCGAAACAAUGGAUCGUUGAGCUGUUACCAACGGUAAUACGAGGGGAGGGAAUGGCACUCGCUAGUGUGAUGGAAGUUGUCGGAUCUGUGCUGUCUCCAAUCGUCAUAAUUACUGAAAUCUGGUAUAGGACUCUGCCCGUAGUUAUACUCGCAUUAAUGUCUCUCAUUGGAGGGAUUAUAAUAUUUUAUCUCCCUGAAACUAUGGAUGAAGGCUUGUCAGCCUCGCUGGAAGAGUCAGAUCCGCGCUGGUCCCGUAACCAACAGAUGCUAUAAGGAGCUAAAUUAAUAGC